CAACAUCCCCACCUGACCCCCACUAGCACUUGAAGAAGUCUUCUUCUUGUCUGUGUUAAUGGGUGAAUAACAUACAACGUCUGCAGCACAAACACCAGUCCGGCCGUAGGAGUAUUUAUGAUGAUCCAAGACAAGAAGAGAUCUUGCAGAAAUAUGAGUGAUCAUCAUCUCUAAAUCUGACCCCACAACCACCACCAGCCAUGCUGCUGUCUAUUCAUUCUGCCAGCUGCCUCAGAUUCUUAUUUCCAAUCCUCCUCCUCCUGUUUCUCCUCCUCGGUGGUUCCUGCCAUGCUGCUUGCAAUCAGGUGGAUGAAACCUCUCUCGUCUUCUUCUCCCAAGAAAUCAGUUUCUCCAACUGGUCUAGCUCUACCUCACCACAACAAGACUGCUGCCUCUGGGAAGGGAUCAAUUGCGAUGAUAAUGGGCGGGUAGUGACUCUGUCACUCCCCUUUAAGAAGCUCCGAGGAUCCAUUCAUCCCUCCAUAGCAAACCUCACCCAUCUCACCCAUCUCAAUCUCUCCAACAACGCCUUUUCCGGCCCUCUGCCGUCUACUUUCUUCACCUCCUUGAAUCAGCUGCAGACCAUUGACUUGAGCUCCAACCGUCUGUCCGGAGAAUUGCCCGGGAGCCUCUCUGUCACUGUCAGAACACUGGAUAUCUCCAACAACCAUUUCAACGGCACUGUCCACUCUUCAUUCCUAUCGAAUGCCCUCAGGCUGGAGAGUUUGAAUGUGAGUAACAACGUCUUCUCCGGUCCCAUUCCUUCCUCAAUCUGCACCUAUUCACCCUCCCUCCUGCGCCUUGAUUUCUCCUACAAUGACUUUCAUGGCCAGAUUCCCCUCCAGCUUGGGGACUGUCCUAAACUCGAGGCUCUAAGAGCGGGUUUCAAUAAUCUUUCAGGACAGCUUCCUCCCCUCAUCUACACCGCUUUCUCACUGCAGGAGAUUUUUCUAGCCGGCAAUAAGCUGACUGGAUCGAUUGAAGAUGGAAUUACUAAACUUAGUAACCUAAGAAUCCUAUCUCUCUAUGCUAACCAAUUGACAGGAAUGAUCCCUCGGGGUAUCGGAAAUCUAGAGUCAUUGGAACAGUUGCAGCUUCACAUCAACAGCCUAAAUGGGACUCUGCCUCCAUCUCUGAUGAAUUGCACAAGUCUCCAGAUGAUGAUUUUACGUGUUAACUUGUUGUCUGGUGAGCUCUCCUCUCUCAAUUUCUCCAAGCUCGUUAACCUCAGCAUAAUUGACCUUGGGAACAACAACUUCUCCGGUGAAUUGCCAUCAAGCCUUUACUUGUGCAAGUCGCUGAUUGCAAUUCGACUAGGACUUAAUCAAUUAAGUGGACAGAUCUUGCCUGAGAUCCGCACAUUACCAUCCCUCUCAUUCCUUUCCAUUUCCAACAACAGCCUAUCCAAUGUCACAGGGGCAAUUCAGAUCUUGAUGGGUUGUAAGAACCUUCGCGCCAUCAUUUUCUCAUUGAACUUCUAUGGUGAGGCACUACCGGAGGCUGAAGACACGAUACAGCCUGAUGGAUUUCAAAACCUUCAGAUCCUUGGUCUGGGCGGUUGCAACUUGAGCGGUAGCAUUCCCAAAUGGCUGGUUCACCUAAGGAAUCUACAGGUUCUUGACCUUUCUUUAAAUAGAAUGAAGGGGUCAGUUCCCGCUUGGUUUGGAAAUAUGUCAUACCUCUUUUACUUGGACUUGUCCGUAAACCUCCUCUUGGGAGAUUUUCCAAAACAACUAAUUCAACUGCCAGCACUGACAUCAAGAGACGUUGCAGACCAGUUAGAUAGUGCUAACUUAGAGUUGCCCAUUUACGUAGCAGCCGAUAAUCAAUACAACCAGCUUGCCAGCCUGCCAUCAGCAAUAUACCUCAAAAACAACAGCUUCAGCGGAAAUAUCCCAAUAGAAAUAGGCCAGCUAAAAUAUAUACAGGUCCUUGAUCUCAGUUGCAACAAUUUCGACGGCUCUAUUCCUGACCAACUAUCUAAUCUUACCAAGUUAGAGAAGCUGGACCUUUCUGGAAACAAUCUUACAGGUGAAAUUCCUGCAUCACUCAGACAACUUCACUUCCUGUCUUCUUUUAGUGUUGCAAACAACAGUCUUCAUGGUCCAAUACCAACAGGGGGGCAGUUUGACACCUUUACCAAUUCCAGCUAUGAAGGGAAUGCGGGGUUGUGUGGUCCAAUGACUCCGCGAAAUUGUACUAGUAGCUCAAGGACAGUACGUCCUUCUGUGCAUAAAAGACCAAAUAAGAAACUCAUUAUUGGCCUUAUCCUUGGAAUUUGUUUUGGCAUUGGUAUCACUCUCACUGUUGUAGCAUUAUGGAUAUUGUCGAGAAGGCAAAUCCUUCCACCAAGUGACCCUCAUAAGAUUGAUUUGGAUACAGCCUCCUUUAAUUCUCAUUCAGCAAUAUCUACCGAAUUUGGGAAGGAUACCAGCGUUGUGAUUUUGUUUCCAAACAAUACAAAUGAGAUCAAAGAUCUUACAAUAUCUGAGAUUUUGAAGGCCACUGAGAAUUUCAGUCAAGCCAACAUUGUUGGAUGUGGAGGUUUUGGUUUGGUAUAUAAAGCGACUUUAGCUAAUGGUACCAAUCUAGCCGUUAAAAAACUUUCUGGAGAUAUGGGUUUGAUGGAGAGGGAAUUUAAAGCAGAAGUAGAAGCUCUAUCCACAGCUCAGCACAAAAAUUUGGUUUCCUUGCAAGGUUAUUGUGUACAUGAGGGCUUUCGGUUACUUAUAUAUUCCUUCAUGAAAAAUGGGAGUCUGGACUACUGGUUGCAUGAGAAGACUGACGGAGCAUCCCAACUUAAUUGGCCCACUCGACUGCAGAUUGCACGAGGGGCGAGUUGUGGGCUGGCAUAUAUGCACCUGAUCUGUGAACCGCAUAUUGUGCAUCGUGACAUAAAGUCCAGUAACAUCCUUCUUGAUGACAAGUUUGAAGCUCACGUGGCAGAUUUUGGGUUGUCCAGAUUGAUUCUUCCAUAUCAUACUCAUGUCACCACAGAGCUAGUAGGAACCUUAGGUUAUAUUCCCCCUGAGUAUGGCCAAGCAUGGAUAGCUACCUUGAGAGGUGACAUGUACAGUUUUGGUGUAGUCAUGCUUGAAUUGCUUACUGGUAAAAGGCCUGUUGAAAUAUUCAAACCCAAGGUGUCCAGGGAGUUAGUAGUAUGGGUCCAACAACUAAGAAGUGAAGAUAGACAAGAAGAAAUCUUUGAUCCUGUCCUCAGAGGCAAGGGCUAUGAACACCAAAUGCUUCAGGUGCUUGAUAUGGCCUGCAUGUGUGUAAAUAGAAAUCCUUUCAAGAGACCUACCAUUAGAGAAGUAGUUGAUUGCCUCAAGGAUGUAGGAUCCAAUUCACUGACGGGACAAUAACAGCAAUAGCAUAUGUGCAUAUAUUUGAAUCUAAAGUGUUGUUAUUGCAGAUUAUAUAAUCAAUACACCAGUAAGAUACAUCUUUUUGCUGA